AGUCAGGCUCUCAUCGAAUAAAAAACACCUACCAGAAACAAAAUGAAAUGCUUGUUUGCUGUUGCAUUGCUUGGUUUGGUGGCCAUCAGUUUAGCUGGACCCCUGCCCGAGGCUCCUACGUCUCUCCAAGGCGAAAAGACAGUUGAGCCAGUCAAAGUCGAAGAUGUGAAAGAUACUAGGGAUAAGAGAGGAUUGCUGGUCACAUCAUUUGCGACUGCACAAAUUUCUGCUCCGGUCGCAUAUACUUCUUACGCAGGAACUGCACGGGUUGCCUAUGCUGGCCUUCCCGUCUCCUAUGUUCAAUCUUACCCAUCAUUUGUCGGCUACAGCCCACAUGCUUCCUUCAUCGUAGCUUAAAUUAGACAUUUUAAAUAUACAUAGCUCUUAUCAUGUUAUUAAGAAUAUAUACUCUGUAAUUUUUUG